AUGUCUUCCUCGGAAACCAGCCCCUGCUCGCAGGCCGAGCUGAUUGUGGGCGAUCAGAGUGGGGCCAUUCACAUCUGGGACCUGAAGACCGACCACAACGAGCAGCUGAUUCCAGAGCCUGAGGUUUCCGUGAAUUCGGUUCACAUUGACCCCGAUGCCAGUUACAUGGCGGCUGUCAACAGCUCGGGAAACUGCUACGUGUGGAACCUGACGGGCGGCAUCGGGGAGGAGGUGACCCAGCUCAUCCCCAAAACCAAGAUCCCAGCGCACAACCGCUACGCCCUUCAGUGCAAGUUCAGCCCCGACUCCACGCUCUUGGCCACCUGUUCUGCAGAUCAGACGUGUAAGAUCUGGAGAACUUCAAACUUCUCCCUGAUGACGGAGCUGAGCAUUAAGAGCAAUAACCCGGGGGAAACAUCUCGGGGCUGGAUGUGGGACUGUGCCUUCUCCGGGGACUCCCAGUACAUCGUCACAGCCUCCUCCGAUAACCUGGCCAGACUCUGGUGUGUGGAGACAGGGGAGAUCAAGAGGGAAUACAGCGGCCACCAGAAAGCAGUCGUCUGCCUCGCGUUCAACGACAGCGUCCUGGGAUAA